UCGGCGGCAGCCACUGCCGCAGGGCAGCGGAAGUUUGAGCGCAGCGGCGGGCGCGAGUGGCGGCGGGGUGGGUGCCGCCUACCAUCCCCGCCUCGCCGUCCGGCGUCGCCAGCCACGGCUCGCCUCGCACUCCGCUCCGGAGCCCGACCCAGCCAGGUGGCAGCAACAUGGACCUAGAGAGUAAAGUGAAAAAGAUGGGCUUGGGCCAUGAGCAAGGAUUUGGUGCCCCCUGCUUGAAAUGCAAGGAUAAGUGUGAAGGGUUUGAGCUUCACUUCUGGAGAAAAAUAUGCCGUAACUGCAAAUGUGGCCAGGAAGAGCAUGAUAUCCUGACAAGCAAUGAGGAAGAUCGGAAAGUGGGGAAGCUUUUUGAGGACACCAAAUACACAACCCUUAUUGCAAAGCUGAAGAAUGAUGGCAUUCCCAUGUAUAAACGCAAUGUAAUGAUACUGACUAAUCCAGUGCCAGCCAAGAAGAACAUUUCCAUCGAUACCGUGACUUUUGAGUGGGCUCCUCCUGUUCAGAACCAGACACUUGCUAGGCAGUAUAUGCAGAUGCUACCAAAGGAGAAGCAGCCUGUUGCUGGCUCAGAAGGUGCACAGUACAGGAAAAAGCAGUUGGCUAAGCAGCUGCCUGCCCAUGAUCAGGAUCCUUCAAAAUGCCACGAGCUCUCCUCUAGCGAAGUCAAGCAGAUGGAACAAUUUGUGAAGAAGUACAAAAACGAGGCACUUGGUGUAGGAGAUGUCAAGCUCCCUGCUGAGGUGGAAACAAAAGCUGCUGACAAGAAUAACUUGGACAACGGUUACAGAGGCACCUCAGGAGUAGGAGUGAUGGAAGACAAGUCCUCAGAUAAGAAGGCAUCUCAGUAUUCCUGCUAUUGCUGCAAACUGAACAUGAAAGAAGGUGACCCAGCUGUCUAUGCAGAACGUGCUGGAUAUGAUAAACUCUGGCACCCAGCGUGUUUUGUCUGUUGCAUCUGCAAUGAACUUCUAGUAGACAUGAUCUAUUUCUGGAAGAAUGACAAUCUGUAUUGUGGAAGACAUUAUUGUGAUAGUGAGAAACCCCGCUGUGCUGGAUGUGAUGAGCUGAUAUUCAACAAUGAAUAUACUCAAGCAGAAGGUCAAAGCUGGCAUCUGAAACACUUCUGCUGUUUUGACUGCGACUGUGUGUUGGCUGGAGAGAUCUAUGUAAUGGUGAAUGACAAGCCAGUCUGCAAACCCUGCUAUGUGAAGAACCAUGCUGCGAUAUGCCAAGGCUGUCAUAAUGCCAUAGAUCCAGAAGUUCAGCGUGUGACAUACAACAACUUCAACUGGCACGCUACGCAGGAAUGCUUUAUAUGUUCCUGUUGCAGCAAGUGUCUAAUUGGCCAGAAGUUCAUGCCAGUGGAAGGGAUGGUCUUUUGCUCUGUUGAAUGUAAGAAGAAGAUUGUGUCUUAAGAGAAGACAUGCACAGAACCAACCAUUGCUGCAUUCCAAAGGCAUUUAAAAACAUUGAAAGUAUUAAAGAGCAUUUUUUCCAAAGUUGUUUUAAUGACUAAAACUUGCUAUAUAAUCUUCAUUUCUUGGUUGUAAUAAUACUUUCUUUUCUGAGAUAUUCUUCCUGAGUCUAAUGUCAAAUGACUUCAUGUCUGAGAAAUGUAAUAAAAAAUGUGGUGUGAACUACAUACACUUUAAGGGAAGCACUUCACCGUGAAGGCUUUUUGCUGUAUCUUGACUGAUGAAAAAGAGUUUGUGAAAAAUGUUCCCGUUUUGUCUGUGUGAUAAAUACAGCUCUUCCACUUUCAAGUUCACUAACUUAUUUUUAGUUUCCCUGCUUUCAUCAAGCACUUUAGAUGAGGUGGAUCAGCUCUAUUGCCACGUACAGUUUUGUCUGCGAGACCUCAAGCACGCAGGGAGAAUGGAUUCCUAGAAAAAAGGUUGUCUCGUUUGCUUGUUGUAGACACAAGUUUUUGAGGGAUAGUGACUGCUCUCACAUUUAGUUCUUCAAGUAAUUGCCUCAGUAGAAAACUGUGGUGGAUCACAAUUCUUACAAAUGUUCAUGCCUGGAAGAGUUUUUAUUUCUGUGAAUGUCAAAAUUACUUUAUGGAUUUUGGGAGGAAGGAGUCAUAGAGGAGAAGGUCUUCCUGAGAUGAAAUAACAAUAAAAAAAUAGAAAUUCCACCAGAUAGUAGGUGUCACUUAUCCCGUCAGGACUGGCUUCUGUGUCUCCUGGUUGUGUAGGGUUUCUUAGGAAUGUUCUUUUGGGAAGUUGUGCUUUCUGUCAGAGGGAGGCGGCACACAACACCAUAUGCAUUUCCAAGAAUGUAGUUAAGUAAAAGGAUCUCACUUAAGGCUUUUGAUUUACAAGUUCUUAACCAAAGCACAAAGACUUUCAGUAUUUGAGUUUUUAAAAAGUCACAGCUGUGUAUUAGCUUUGCCUACUAGAUAAACCAAAUGUGUAGUCCUUUCUUAAGACUUACAGAUCUACAGUAAAACUUGUUAGCUAUCCUUGUGCAAAAUAAAGAGUGGAGAGUCUUUUGGCCUAGGGGAAAAAAUACAAAUAAAAUCAAUCUAUGCAAGUCUUAUGAUCUGCUCUUAAGUUUUAUAGUAGCUCUAUUGUAACACUUACAAAUAAAAAUUUGUGUUGCUUGCUUCA